AUGCACGCCUCUCUCAUCCGCCGCUCCCUCGGCGGCAUCGUUCCGCCCAAGAUCGCUGCUCCUACCAUCCUCAGCUCUGGCCAGGGCAGCGAGCUUGCGCCGCUCGUCGCGUUCUACAGCAAGCUUCCAAAGGGCCCGGCGCCCCCGCCCCCUGCUGCCAGCCUCAAGGCUAAGUUCUUCGACGGCAAGAAUGCGAGCGGAAAGCCCCUCGUAUACGGCAUCAUCGGCAUCUUCCUCAUCGGCUACACCCUUGACUACCAGAUGCACCUCAAGCACCACAAGAACCACCCGCACUAA